UCGCUGCCCCUGUCGCGUAUCCGCGUGAUUAUGAAGAGCUCCCCGGAGGUCUCCAGCAUCAACCAGGACGCGCUCUUCCUCACCGCCAAAGCCACGGAGCUUUUUGUUCAGUAUUUGGCUACGUACUCCUACAAACAUGGCCGAGGCAAGGAGAAGAACGCUCUGACUUACAGUGACCUGUCUCAUACUGCGGAAGAGUGUGAGACCUUUCAGUUCCUUGCAGAUAUCUUGCCAAAGAAGAUCCUAGCUAGCAAAUACCUAAAAAUGCUUGAAAAAGAGAAGCGAGAAGGAGAAGUGGGGCAAGGUGAUGAACAGGAUGAGGACGAAGAGGAUGAAGAUGAAACUGUUGGUGAACGUGUUGGAUCUUAAGACCAAUGGAGAGCUGCUUCAUGGUUGAUCCAUUUUUUUGUAUAAAGGAUGUUAUUUUUAUGACUGAGAAUCCAGAUGCUGGAUAUAUUUAUAUACUGAGCCAUCUGCUUUGCUUUGUUUAAGAAGUUUAGACAUUGAACUUUAUACUUGUUUCUGAGGGAAGAAUUCCACUCUUCAGCACAGCAGGGUAAGAAGACCUAAUGCAAAUCUGACAGCAGAACUUGCUCAGAUGACACAAAAUUACUUCUUCAGACAAUCAUUAUCCAAAUUUAAAAUUUCAUCCCAGCAGCAUUCAG